AUGCCUCCUCUCCACAUCGUCCUCUUCCAACCCGAGAUCCCCUACAACACAGGGAGCGUGGGUCGCACAUGCGUGGCGCUCGGCGCGAAGCUGUGGCUCGUGCGGCCGCUGGGGUUUCAGAUUGAUGAUCGUCAACUCCGCCGUGCGGGGCUCGAUUACUGGCGGCGCCUCGAUUGGGAAGUCGUUGACGACUGGGACGACCUCACCCGCAAGCUUCCCUCCGAGCGGCUCUGGUACUUCACCAAACGCGGCGACAGCGGCUUUUACGAAGCGCAGUUCGAACGCGGCGACGCACUGGUGUUCGGCAGCGAAUCGGCAGGCCUACCGCCGAGUCUGCUCGAAGGCGCCGAAGGCCGCCGGCUGCGGAUCCCGACGAGCGAGAACGUGCGGAGCCUCAACCUUUCGGUGAGCGUAGCGCUGGCGGGGUUCGAGGCGUUCCGACAGAUGGGGGCUCUGCCGUGA